AUGUUAAAUUUUUUUCUGUUAAUUUCACUUUGUUGGGGCUUAGUUUUAGGAGAAUCCUUGACUGAAUUUUUAAAUGAAGCUAAUCAUAAUUUAGCUUUAGCCUAUGAUCAAGAGGUUUUAGCUCAAUUACAACAUGAAAUUCAAGGACCCAAUGAUCUGGUUGCUCUUCUACAAAUUGAAAUUGCUAAUGAAAGAUUAAUGAAAUAUAUUAACUAUCUAAACAAUAAAGGAAAAAAGUUUAAAAAGAUAGAAGUGGAAAACUUAAAGCAACGUCGACUACUCUCAAUGUUGCCCCAGUUGGGCUAUGAGGCACUGACGGGUAUGGAAUUAAGACGUAUCUACUCUCUAUCCGCCAAUAUGAGUGAGAGUUAUAAGAAUGUCAAACUUUGUGCUUAUGAAAAUCGAAAGAACUGCACUUUAAGCCUAAUACCAGAUGUCCAGACAAUAGUACAAGAGAGUAAAAAUAUAGAUGAGAUCGAGUAUUAUUGGUAUGAAUGGCGUCGUUCAACAGGUUUGAGUACACGUUCACAAUUUGUCGAGUUCAUGGAGCUCUACAAAAAGACAGCACGUCUCAAUGGCUAUCUCCAGGCAGAGGAUUAUUGGUUUCGUGGCCUGGAGUUGAAUGGCGUGGAGACUUUAAAAAUUCUAGAUGGUUUUAUGGCUGCAUUGAGACCUUUAUUUCUGCAAUUUCAUGCUCAUGUUCGAGGCUCUUUAAGAAAAAUGUAUGGCGAACGUUUGAUACCCAAAGGCAGACCAUAUCCUCAACAUUUAUCCGAGAUUUUCAUAGGCAAUGCCUUUCGUCGAGUUCAGGCGGAAUGGUUUGUUGAUUUACCAGCACCAAAUGUGGGUUUGUUUAAUAUAACUGAAGCCUUACAAAGACGUGGUUGGACUACCACCCAGAGAGUCUUUUGGAAUGUGGCCGAAUAUUUUAGAGGCAUUGGUUUGCCACAAUUGGAGAGUUCCCUGUGGACUUUUGCCCAGCCAAUGUCCUAUCAGGAGGAGGAUCAUUGUUUUCACAAGGCUUGGCGUUUCUAUGCUCUACGACAGAUCAAUUUCACCUACUGCCCUCUUAAUGAUGAGGAACGUUUCUUUAAUAUGUUUGAAGCCCAGAGUGAUGUACAUUUCUUUAGAGCUACCGCUGAGCAACCCACACUCUUGCAGGAAGAACCUUUUCCACAUUUUAGCGAUGCAAUUGGCAAAUGUUUCUCCUUAGCUGCCACUUCCCCUCGCUAUCUACACAAAAUCGGCUUGAUAAGGGAAUCCAAAUGGUUUGAAUUGCCAGCUCGUCUAAAUCGUUUGUAUAUUCAAGGUUUGAGAGUAAUAUUCUUAUUACCAGUUUUCUAUGUACUCGAUCGAUAUAGAGUGGAGGCUCUGAGUGGUCACAUAAAAGCGGAUGACAAUGAGGCCUAUUGGCGUCUAACGGAGUUCUAUACCGGAGCAGCGGCCCCAAAGAGAAGAACUAAUGCUGACUUUGAUGUGCCAGCUAAACUCUUAAUGGAAGUAGAUGAUCAAUAUGCCAGCCAAAUAUUCAGCACAGUUUUGCAGUUUCAAUUGCUGAAACACUUUUGCUCGAGAACUGGUCAAGACAGGCCCUUGGAUCUAUGUGAUCUUUCGGAUCAGAGUGGACUUGGUCCUGGCUUACGACGUACCAUGGCUUUGGGCUCAUCGCAACAUUAUAGCCAUGUCCUGCAAAAACUUCUUGGUGAAACGGAGUUAAAUAUCGAUGGGCUUCUGAGUUACUUUCAGCCAUUACACAAUUGGCUAGUACAGCAAAAUCGUUUAAACAAUUUGGAUGUGGGUUGGGCAUAA